ACUUUUAGAUCAAAACUCAUAAUCAAAUCAAACCUCUCUACUAUAUAAAUAAUACACUUCUCUCCUCACAAAUCUCAAAAACCUCUCCCCAAACGUCGAAUUUUCCCGAGAAACUGACGGAAAAUGGCUCCCUAGCUGAAAUUUCGAGAUUCAGAUUAUCCCUUCUCACAUUGCUUAUCGCCUGUAUCAGGCGUGUACACGUUUUGUUAUAGUCUAUUGUUACUGGAAUCAUGGCACAAGUAAGGUACACUAGGUUAGAUAACAGGAGGCCCUCCUCAAACUAUUGUUCUACAGUGACUGUUGUUGUGUUUGUGGCCCUAUGCUUAGUCGGGAUCUGGAUGAUGACAUCCUCCUAUGUUGGACCCGCUCAGAAUGUUGAUGAGGUUUCUCUUGACACCAAAGAUGGGAUAAAGAAACAGAUGACCCCACCUGCGGAGGAGGGCAAUGUCCAGAAGUCUGAAGACUCAGCUGGUGAAACACCUAAUGAGGAGAAAAAAGGAGAUGGUGAUGCAAGCUUUCCUGAAGUUGAUGAAAGUUCGAGCAAACAAGAUGACCAGGAAGAGAAGAAAGAAGAGAAAAUUAAAGAGGAGCCUAUUUCAUCUGGUGAUGAGAGCUCGAGCAAACAAGAGGAUCAGGAAGAGAAGAAAGAAGAGAACACUAAAGAGGAGCCUACUUCAUCUGGUGAUGAGAGCGCGAGUAAACAAGGGGACCAAGAAGAGAAGAAAGACGAGAAAACUAAAGAAGAGUCUACUUCAUCUGGUGAUGAGAGUUCGACCAAACAAGAGGAGCAGGAAGAGAGGAAAGAAGAGACUGCUUCAUCUGGCGAGACAAAAAGUGAGACCGAGGGUGGGGAAAAUAAAAACGAUGACUCCAAGUCAGAGAAUGGUUUUGAUGGAAAUGAUUUGGGUGAGAAAAAAGAUUUGAAAGACCACCCAGAUGAAGAAAAUCCUGAGUCCAAGUCAGAGAAUGGUUUUGAUGGAAGUGAUUUGGGUGAGAAAGAAGAUUUGAAAGACCACCCAGAUGAAGAAAAUCCUGACUCCAAUGAUAAGCAAACCAAACCCGAAACGGAGGACAACGAGUCUGGUGAAAACCAAAAGAAAACUACAGCUGAUGAAAGUGAGAAAAAGUCCAGUGAUGAUGAUACAGAGGCAAAGGGUGAUAAAGAAACCAAAACAGGCAAUGAAGGUGCUGAAACGAAGACCGAGAAGGAAAGCACCGAGACAAUUGUAGAGCAAGAGAAGAGUAUACCUAAAAACGGGACAUCAGGGGAUCUUUCGCCUCCUGGGACACAGUUAGAGCUACUGAAUGAAACUACCGCACAAAAUGGUUCUUUCACAACCCAGGCAACGGAGUCCAAAAAUGAGAAAGAAGCUCAGAAGGGUUCUGGUGAUCAAGUUGAUUUCAAAUGGACACUCUGCAAUACAACUGCCGGACCGGAUUACAUUCCCUGUCUCGAUAAUGUGCAAGCCAUUAAGAGUCUUAAGACUACUAAACAUUAUGAGCAUCGUGAGAGGCAUUGCCCAGACACCCCACCCACCUGCCUUGUUCCUUUGCCUGAAGGAUACAAGCGCCCAAUUGAGUGGCCCAAAAGUCGAGAAAAGAUUUGGUACACUAACGUCCCUCAUACCAAGCUUGCUGAGUAUAAGGGGCAUCAAAAUUGGGUUAAAGUUACCGGAGAGUUUCUAACUUUCCCUGGAGGAGGAACCCAAUUCAAGCAUGGUGCUCUUCAUUACAUCGAUUUCAUACAGGAGUCUGUCCCUGAUAUUUCUUGGGGUAAACGCUCUCGCGUGGUCUUGGAUGUUGGAUGUGGUGUUGCAAGCUUUGGUGGUUUCCUCUUUGACAGAGACGUGACCACCAUGUCCCUUGCGCCUAAAGAUGAACAUGAAGCUCAAGUGCAAUUUGCUCUUGAGAGAGGCAUUCCCGCCAUUUCUGCGGUGAUGGGCACUACAAGGCUACCUUUCCCUGGCAGAGUCUUUGACAUUGUUCACUGUGCUCGCUGUAGAGUGCCAUGGCACAUAGAAGGUGGAAAACUCCUUCUGGAGCUUAAUCGUGUAUUGAGACCCGGUGGCUUCUUUGUGUGGUCUGCUACUCCAGUUUAUCAGAAGAAGACCGAAGAUGUUGAAAUAUGGGAAGCUAUGACUGAACUCACUAAGAAAAUGUGUUGGGAACUCAUAUCCAUCAACAAGGACAAAAUCAACGGAGUUGGUGUAGCUACUUACAAAAAGCCUACUUCAAACGAAUGCUACAAAAGCAGAUCAGAACAACAACCUCCGAUAUGUGCGGACUCUGAUGACCCGAACGCAUCUUGGAAGGUGCCACUUGAAGCAUGCAUGCACACAGCACCAGAAGACACAACGCAGCGUGGAUCUCAGUGGCCCGAGCAAUGGCCAGCGAGAUUAGAGAAACCACCAUUCUGGUUAUCAAGUUCCCAAACCGGAGUUUAUGGAAAAGCAGCACCAGAUGAUUUCAGCGCUGAUUAUGAGCACUGGAAACGUGUAGUCACCAAAUCAUACCUUAAUGGUUUAGGAAUUAACUGGGCAUCUGUUAGAAAUGUCAUGGACAUGAAAGCCGUUUAUGGAGGAUUUGCAGCGGCUCUAAGAGACUUGAAAGUGUGGGUGAUGAAUGUGGUUCCAAUAGAUUCACCAGACACACUAGCUAUAAUCUAUGAACGAGGACUCUUCGGUAUCUACCACGACUGGUGUGAAUCUUUCAGCACUUAUCCGAGAUCAUACGAUCUUGUUCACGCCGACCAUCUUUUGUCCAAACUCAAGCAAAGGUGCAAUCUAACGGCGGUUAUUGCGGAAGUGGAUCGGGUUCUGAGACCGGAAGGGAAACUAAUAGUCCGAGACGAUGCAAAAACCGUACAAGAAGUGGAAGCAAUGGUGAAAGCAAUGAAAUGGGAAGUUCAUAUGACUUACUCUAAAGGCAAAGAAGGUUUGCUUUCUGUUCAGAAAUCAAUUUGGCGACCCGAAGAUGUACAAACUCUCACUUACGCUAUUGCCGCUUGAGAACAAACUUAGUCCCGAGUCCCCACGCUUUUGUACGUAAACACACACACACACACACACACACUCUUAUUAACUCGUUAUAUCAUUUUUCCUUUUUGUCGUCUUUUAGGGUUAUUCUUCCCAUUUUUAGUGUAUUAAGUCUGAGUUGAGUCGUUUGUCUGUAUUACUCGCACCUGUUUCUCGUCUUGAAGAUGCAGAACUUUCUUGAGGUCUUGUUUUGUUAAUGUUAAUACUCGAUUCUCAUCCAAA